AUGGUUGAAGCUCCAAUUGCACUCAUCACUGGGUGCAACAGCGGGAUUGGGAAGCAACUCGCUCUUGCUUUCGCAGUAAGAGGAGUUACUGUUCUCGCCACAGCACGGCGCACCGAAAGUCUCGAGGAUCUGGUAAAGCAGCACAGCAAUAUCGAGGCUUUUGCCCUCGAACUCGGCAAUCCUGGCAGCAUUGGGCGCCUGAGAGAUGCUGUUAUCAAACGCACAGGCGGUCGGCUCGAUUUUCUGGUCAACAAUGCGGGCACACACUACGCGGCGACGGCCCUGGACCUAGAAGUGAGAGAGGCGAUGAAGCUGUUCAACGUCAACGUGUUCGCCGUCAUGAGUCUUUGUCAAACAUUUGUCCCUCUUCUUCUCAAGUCAUCUCGUGGUCGUAUAGUACAGAUUGGCAGUGUUACGAGGGACGUGCCGAUGGUAUGGCAAGGAGCUUACAAUGCAUCCAAGGCAGCUCUGAGCCAGUAUACGAAAACUCUGAGACUGGAGCUGGCGCCUCUCGGUAUAGAAGUUGUUGAAAUUAUCACUGGAUUCGUCCGCAGCAACAUUCUCCAUCAUGGAUUACACGCUCCCGAGGAGUCACUGUAUCUGCCAAUCAAGGCCACCAUCCAGCAGUUGAAAUAUGAAGGAAAUGCAACUGACUGUUAUGAUAUUUCUAGCCUUGAAAGAUACUUCCACAUUGCUCAGGAUGUAAACCCCAUCUUCUCGAAGGCUCGCUUUCUCGACAGCUAUCGCAACUCCGACUGCGAUAAUAGUCUCAUUUCUACAAUCACCGCAAUUACGGCAAAGCUCACGAACUCAAUAUCAUCUGUAUCCUCCGACGCGAUAGAUGCCCGAAUCGACUUGCUACUAAGCUCGACUACUGUACAGGAUGACCUGUUCACUAACUUUCCAUCACUCGACCAAUUUCGAAAGUCUUGUGUACUAGCCUUCUACGAGUUCCACCAGUUUCCGGGACACCAAUCUUGGACGCGAAUAGGAAAUCUGACUCGUGUAGCGUAUCGCGUAGGGCUUGAUCGCCUUGAAAAUCUACGCAAGCUUCAUCACGAAUGGCGUAUUUUGAGUGAUCAAGACGUGGACGAAUGGCGCGCUGUUUGGUGGUGCAUUUACCGUUUAGAUUCGUACUCCAACCUUGCCUCGGGAACGCCGUACCUAAUCGACGAGGAUCUAAUAAGCACUUCUUUGAUUUUACGCAGCCCAGCCCAGUCGCAGAUCACUGAUAACGAUUUUCCGCAAAUUCUCCUGUCUGCAGAACCCGAAAAUCUGUGGAAAUUCCUUCCAUCCAUUAUUUCGCAUCCGGAAUCUUUGAUAUCGAAUAUCCACAAUAUCACUGUUACCAUGAUGCGUCAAGCGGCAUAUCUCAACCGAAUUUGUCCUGUCAGACCCAAAGAGGAAGCAAUCGAACGAGUAGUCAAUGUAAAGCGACAAUUAUCUGCGCUUCGACUCGCCCUUCCACCAGGGUGGCUGAAUCCCAAACGCAACGCAUUCUCGUACGAAUCUCACGCCGACCACCACGCGAGACUUGUUACCGUUCUCCAUCUUCUAAUGUCCCACCUCCUUCUCUCAGUUUAUCAUUGUGUCAGGCAACAGGAAGAGGAAGCGCUCAUGAGCUGGCAGCAAGUGAUUGAGGCUUGUCAGAAUAUUGCUUUGAUUGCGGAGCAGUGGGACAGCUUCUUUUGUAUCCAAGUGGACCCUGCGAUCUCCUUUGUGGUCUUUACUGCGCUCAUCUUCCUCGAUUUGCAUAGGAAGUCAACUACCGUUUCCACGUUGGACGUCCACGCUCGGAUCGAUCAUGACAGGACGGCUCUUUGCCUACAGCUGGAGCAAUUUGCAAGGCUUUGGACGUUACCUAAACUUCUUAAGCUGUCGUUCGCAACUUUCAGCGAAGCGAUUCCAGGCCCGCUUGAUUUCCGACACAUCAAACGCAUUCUAGCCUACUUUGAGUCGCCUCUACAUCCGAGAUGGCUGCAAUUCUUGUCUAGUCCACAAACAUACUUGGACAACUGGCAGAAUUUGUAG